AUAUAAAGCCAGAGGUGGUGGGUCAUGGCAACAUUCCACCUCUAGCCUUAGGUGGAGAAGGACCAUAGAACUUGCUGACUGCUCCCGCGUGUGUACCUCCUCUUUCUUCACCUUCUCCGCAUCCUCUUUCUCCUCCGUCGCUUCCUUGAAAAUAUGAAGUCGCUCCUGGUCCUGGCUGCCACUAUGACCCUGUUGAUGGCCUUUGCUGAUGUACAUGGCGGACACAGUGGCGGCGGACACGGCGGCGGACAUGGCGGCGGACACGGCGGCGGACAUGGCGGCGGACACGGUGGACAUGGGGGCGGACAUGGUGGCUUUGGCGGCGGACACGGAGGUGGACAUUUUGGCUUUGGCGGCGGACACGGCGGCGGACAUGGCGGCGGACACGGUGGACAUGGGGGCGGACAUGGUGGCUUUGGCGGCGGACACGGAGGUGGACAUUUUGGCUUUGGCGGCGGACACGGACAUAGUAGCUUUGGCGGUGGUGGCCUUGGACAUGGCGGCGGCGGUCUUGCGCAUAAUGGCCGCGGUGGAUCCCUCUUUGGCCACGGGCACGUGAACCGCUUCUCGGGCUACACACAAAACCGGCGCCCCGACAGUGAGGAGGAGCGCCGACAGCUUCUCAAUACACUCCGUGGUCCCCCAGGCUUCAAUUUCCUCGGCUGAACUAUGAAUGGGGGGGGGGGGGAUAUAUAAAGCCAGAGGUGGAGACCGGUCAUGGCAACAUUCCACCUCUAGCCUUGGGUGGAGAAGGACCACAGAACUGAGUGUCUGCUCCGCCCGCGUGUGGCUCCUCUUUCCUCGCCUCCUCUUUCUCCUCCGUCGCUUCCUUGAAAAGAUGAAGUCGCUCCUGGUCCUGGCUGCCACUAUGACCCUGUUGAUGGCCUUUGCUGAUGGAAGACAUGGACACGGCGGCGGACACGGGGGCGGACACGGCGGCGGACAUGGCGGACACGGCGGCGGACAUGGCGGACACGGCGGCGGACAUGGCGGACAUGGCGGACACGGGGGCGGACAUGGUGGCUCUGGCGGCGGACACGGACAUGGUGGCUCUGGCGGCGGACACGGACACGGUGGCUCUGGCGGUGGACACGGACAUGGUGGCUCUGGCGGCGGACACGGACACGGUGGCUCUGGCGGCGGACACGGACAUGGUGGCUCUAGCGGCGGACACGGACAUGGUGGCUUUGGCGGCGGACACGGGCAUGUUGGCUUUGGCGGCGGACACGGACACGUUGGCUUUGGCGGCGGACACGGACACGGUGGCUUUAGCGGCGGACACGGACAUGUUGGCUUUGGCGGUGGUGGCUUUGGACAUAGCGGCUUCGGACAUGGCGGUUUGGGAUAUGGCGGCGGCGGUCUUGCGCACAGUGGCCGCGGUGGAUCCCCCUUUCGCGGCGGGCACGUGAACCGAUUCUCGGGCUACCCACAAAACCGGCGCCCCGACAGUGAGAAGCGCCGACGGCUUUUCUAUACACUCCAUGGUCCCCCAGUCUUCAAUUUCCUCGGCUGAACUAUGAAUGGGUGAGUGAGUGAGUGAGUGAGUAUGUGUGUGAGUGGAUGAGUGCGUGUGUGUGUGUGUGGAAGUGGAAAGCGUAACUCCGUUUGAACUGUGAGUGGAGAAGUGAGUGAGUGAGUGAUCUAUCCAUCUUCGUAUUUCUAUGCUUCAUCUUCCUUCUAUGUAUUCAGCUCCACCUCUGCUCCUCCUCCUCCUCCUCCUCCUCCUCCUCCUUUUCCAGAAUAACUCAGAAGGAUGAAUCGCCAGUUACUAUUUAUCUUUUUUUUUAAGUAUUUUUCAUUUAAAUAUUUGUCCUUUUAUAUCUUUUUCUCUUGCCAUGACAUAAAAGGUUCAGAUAAAAAGAAAUGAAUUGGAGUAAAAUUAGUUAAUUGUACUUCCACGCACUACGAAUAAAAGUGAGAUUGGAAGCAGUUGUUUGGUUA